AUGUCCUUGAAAGAUAUUAGUGAAGAGGUCACUAGGAGAACAAUUGAACGAACUUUGGACCAGUUCAAAAUUACCCCAGAAAAUAUUCGGGAAGGUGUGCUAUAUUUCAACAAGCAAAUGAGAGAUGGGUUGAGAAAUAAGAGUGAAUCUCAUGAUUACAUGCCAAUGAUUCCAAGUUUUAUUACCCAUAUUCCAGAUGGCUCCGAAACUGGAUUAUCAUUGGCUGGUGACUUGGGAGGUACAAACUUUAGAAUUUGUUCUGUCGAGUUGAAUGGUGACCAUACAUUUAAUCUUGAACAGUAUAAGACUAAAGUGGAAAAAGCUUUUAUGGUAGGCACCUCCGAUGAGUUGUUUGGUCACCUAGCCAGACAAAUAAAGUACUUUUUAUCUUUACAUCAUUCUGACUACUUGAAAUCCAAUACAGAGAAAAUUAAAAUGAGUUUUACUUUCAGCUUCCCCUUGGACCAAACUUCAUUGAAUACAGGAACUUUGAUCAGAUGGACUAAGGGUUUCAAUAUCGAAGAUGCUGUUGGUAAGGAUAUUGCUGAGCUUUUCCAAAAAGCCAUUGACUCGUUAAAUUUGCCAGUCAGGAUUGUGGCAAUCACUAAUGAUACAGUUGGAACUUUAUUGGCCAAUGCCUACUCAUCAGUAUCGAAAAAGAAGACCGUUUUAGGGGCCAUCUUUGGCACAGGCACCAAUGGUGCAUAUGCUGAAAAAUUGGACAACAUUGCCAAAUUGGAUUCCAAAACCGUUGAGCUCUUGAAGUCCAGGGGAAUCGAUGACAUGAUCAUCAAUACCGAAUGGGGAUCAUUUGACAAUUGUUUGAAGUUCUUGCCAACUACCAUAUAUGAUGAAAUUGUUGACUCAGAAACCAGUAACCCUGGUGUCCAUGUCUUUGAAAAGAGAAUCUCCGGGAUGUUUUUGGGUGAAAUUGUCCGUUUGAUGAUGUUGGAUCUUCACAAGAGAAAGUUAAUUUUGCAGAAUUAUGAACAAAUUGAAGCAACUUUGAGGUCUGUUCCAUCAUCCUCAAAUCUACUCAACUUGACCAAUUUACCAAGAAGACCAAACAGUAAGAAGCUAUCUCACAGAAUUCUAACUGAGUGGAAUUUCACCACCGAAAAUUUGAGUAAAAUCCAAAUUGAUGAUACUAAGAAUUUGAAGGUUACUGAAUUGGUCAUACAAGAAAGUUUGCAUCUUGCAACCACUUUCGAAGAUCGUAUCAUCAUUAAGGAAGUUACCACUGCCGUUACUACUAGAGCUGCAUUGUUGUCUUCCAUAGCUAUUGCUGCCGUUGUUUUGAAGACAGGAAGAUUGGGAGUUACAUUAGAUGAAAAAGGUGUAUUGGUUGAUACUCAUUUGAAGGAUGAUGUAGUUGAAGUUGCUGUUGACGGUUCAGUGGUUGAGUUCUAUCCAGGGUUCCAAGAAAAUAUUUACCGAGGGUUGAGAUAUUCCCAGUUAGGCGAGGAUUUUGCAAAGAAGAUUGAUAUUACUAUUACUAAAGAUGGUAGUGGUGUUGGUGCCGCACUUUGUGCUGGUUCUUAUUUGGAAUAA